AUGGCCGUCCGCGCGCUGCGCCGCACGAACCCCAUCACGCUGGUACUCGCCUUCGCCCUCGCCGUCGGUUUCCUGCUCUUCGUCUUCUCGCCGGGCUCAACACGCGCCGUCUCCGCUGCCCAGCGCCAGCACGACGCUGCCCAGAACCCGCUCUCCCCGCCCACGAAACCCUUCCGCAAGAAGCAGCUCUUCCGCUCCAACGGCCUGCGAGUGCCGCCGCCCGUCGUCAACUACAAUCUCAACAAUGUCACCACCACCGGCGACUCCGCCGAGCGCCACGAGCGCGUGCUGGUGCUGACGCCGCUGGCGCGCUUCUACCCGCAGUACUGGGACAACCUGCUGCGUCUGUCGUACCCGCACGAGUACAUCUCGCUGGGCUUCAUCAUCCCCAAGACCAAGGACGGCAACACCGCCACUGCCGACCUGCAGAAGGCCAUCACCAAGACCCAGUCCGGCCCGCUGGACAGCCGCUUCGCCAGCAUCACCAUCCUCCGCCAGGACUUCGAGCCUCCCAUCGCCUCGCAGGACGAGAAGGAGAGACACAAGUUCGCCCACCAAAAGGCCCGCCGCGAGGCCAUGGCCCGCGCCCGAAACAGCCUGCUGUUCACCACCCUGGGCCCGGCCACCUCGUGGGUGCUCUGGCUGGACGCCGACGUCGUCGAGUCGCCGCCCACGCUCAUCCAGGACCUCACCCGCCACAACAAGCCCGUCGUCGUGCCCAACUGCUACCAGCGCUACCUGAACGCCGACUCCAAGCUGAUGGACACCCGCCCCUACGACUACAACUCCUGGGUCGACACCGACCGCUCGCUCGAGAUCGCCGGUCGCAUGGGCCCCGAUGAGAUCAUGCUCGAGGGCUACGCCGAGCUGCCCACCUACCGCACCCUCAUGGCCCAUCUCGCCGAUCGCAGCCCCAACCGCGAUGCCAACAAUAUCAUGGAGCUGCACGGCGUCGGAGGCACCGCGCUGCUCGUCAAGGCCGAGGUCCAUCGCGACGGAGCCAUGUUCCCGCCCUUCCCCUUCUACCACCUGGUCGAGACCGAAGGCUUUGCCAAAAUGGCCAGGAGACUGGGCCAUAAAUGCUACGGCUUGCCCAAUUAUUUUGUCUAUCAUUAUAAUGAGUGA